AUGGAAACUGUGGCCUUCGCCGGCUACGCGUACUACAGCACGGGUGGCGAGGGCUUCAUCUACUCCCUGAGCUCCAAAGAUGCAGAGUCGACUGGCACGCCGGUCAUACUCGUCAACGCCACCUCCAAGGCGGUGAACCUCUUUCCGUUUCUAUUCCUUGUGGUUGGUGGUGUGCUCAUGGUCGGUCUCAUGGCUUUCGUCAUGGUGACGUUCUGCUGCCGGCGCAAGGUGGCAAAGCUAGAGAAGAUGUACUGGGAGCUGCAGUACGCCUUCGCCGACGUGAACAAUACCCUCGUGCAGGAGGCAAGCCGCCGCACCCCGUCUGCCGUCUCCACGUCGCCGGUCUCGCUGAAGCAGAGGCACACCCCUCAGUCUACGAGUCGCCUAGUCGCCGGCUCCCAGUCGCCUCCACAGAUGAUGCAACGGCACGGCAGCAUCGCGAGAGCGGCUUCGAUGCGCCCAUCACAGCAUGUAUUGGAGCCGCUGCCCCCGCCGGCAGCGCCGGUGUUUCCGGCGACGCCGUUGCCUUACGUCAUGAACGCCAACCCUCUAUACUUUCAGCCGGUGACCGCAAGCGCAGCAAGCCCGUACACGUGCUCGUACGGUGACAAGGGCGCACAGGUCACCGUCUUCGCCGCACAGCCACCCCCGAUCCCCUCUCCGCAGCCGCAUCAGCAGACACGCAUAUCUUCGGGCCCCGCGGUCCCGCAGUCGCCGCGCACAACACCGGAGCCGCCGCUGCGUCGCCGGGCGUCAAAAGUUAGCUUCAUCGGUGCCUGA